GGAAACUUAACGUUGGUGUUGACACCAUUCAGCAUGGCGUAGAAGGACUAACGUACCUUCUCACUGAAAGCUCCAAGCUCAUGAUUUCUGAGACAGACUUCCAAGACUCCAUCCAUGUUCUGGGAUUCUCAGAUGAAUUGAACAAAUUACUGCUCCAGCUGUACCUUGAUAACAGGAAAGAGAUUAGAAGCAUUCUUAGUGAGCUGGCACCAAAGCUUCCCAGCUAUCACAGUCUUGAAUGGAGACUGGAUGUGCAGCUUGCAAGCAGAAGUUUGAGACAACAGAUUAAGCCUGCUGUGACUAUAAAGCUACAUCUUCAUCAGAAUGAAGAUCAAACUGCCCAAGUGUUGCAAACCGACCCUUCUACCCUCCUCCACCUAAUUCAGCAACUGGAACAAGCAUUGGGGGAAAUGAAAACAAACCAUUGCAGGAGAAUAGUGCGCAACAUGAAAUAG